AUGUCUACCUCUGUGGAAGCCCCGAAACAGUUCAAGCAGCCUUCUCGUAAGGGAAAGAAGGCUUGGCGCAAGAAUGUCGACGUUACCGAUGUCCAAGAGGGUUUGCGCCAACUGACUGACGCAGAGAUCAAAGGUGGUCUUGUCACCGAGAAGCCUUCCGACGAGCUUUUCACCCUCGACACCACCGGUAAUGAAGAUAUCCGCAAGUCUAUCGCCAAGAAGCACAAGCCCCUCAAGUCAGACGAAAUCCUUGCCAAGCGCUCCAUGAUCCCAGCAUUGGACGGACGCAAGCGCGGUAACCCCAAUGUUACCGAUGGAGUCAUUCAGCCCAAGACCAAGAAGCCCAAGAGCGAUUGGGUCAGCCAGAAGGAAUACCAGCGCUUGAAGCAAGUCGCCAAAGACGCCCAGCCUCUCGGCAAGAAAACCGAAAACGAGUUCUACGAUCCUUGGGCGGAGGACGCGGAGCCCAGCACCACAUACGACGACCCCCGUUUUGAUUUCCUGCAGAAGCCCAAGCCCAAGGUUGAGCCAACCACAUUAAAACAUGCCCCAGUCUCACUCGCUGCCAAUGGAAAGGCUGUCCCAUCAGUCAAGAUGCCGCACGCAGGAACCAGUUACAACCCCGUGUUCGAGGAGUGGGAUCGUUUGCUGGAAACACACGGCGCCAAGGCAGUAGAGGCCGAGAAGAAGCGCUUGGAAGAAGAAGCCAAGGAAGCCGAGAAGCAGCGUUUGAUCGAAGAGGCCCGUAAUGACGAUGGCGAGGUGAAGUCUGAUGAUGAGAGCGCCUGGGAAGGCUUCGAGAGCGAGUACGAGAAGUCGGAGUGGUUGAACAAGAAGCGUCCCGAGCGCAAGACCAAAGUCCAGCGCAACAAGAUCAAGCGACGCAAGGAAGCAGAGCGCAAAGCGAAGUGGGAGGCUCAGAUGCAGAAGCGAGAGGCCCAAGCCGAGCACAUCGCCAAGAUCACCGAAGAACUUGCACAGAAAGAGAAGGACGCUGAAAACCAGUCUGAUGCAGAUGAUUCUGAAGAGGGCGACGACACUGUCCUCCGCCGCAGGGCAUUCGGUGGCAAGAAGCGUGCCCCCGAGCAGCCGUUGGAGUUGGUUCUUCCGGAUGAACUGCAAGACUCGCUACGUCUGCUGAAGCCGGAAGGUAACCUCCUAGACGACAGAUUCCGCACAUUGAUCGUUCAAGGCAAGCUCGAGUCUCGUACACCCAUCACGCAGGCUCGCAAGGCGAAGAGAAAGAUCACAGAGAAGUGGACUGCGAAGGAUUUCCGAACUGGUAACUGGAAGAAGCUGCAGGCGACGCUGAAGAAAGACGCUCCUAAACGCAAAGCCUCCGACCGCGACGCAGAUGAUAAGAAGCGAAAGUUGACUGAGAGGAGAAAACCAUACCGAGACUCAAAACCACUCAAACGCAAGAGGAUGUCCGAGACAGAGAGCGAGUCCACUACUCCAGCUACACGAAGGAAAUCAAACUCAGAGGCUCCUGUGAAAGUUGAGACAAGUUCGCGGUACAAGGAAAAUGAAGGCCGUUCGUCGACUGCGGAGCUUGGAAAAUAUGUCGCAAUGGAUUGUGAGAUGGUCGGUGUCGGACCGAACCCGGACAAUGACUCUGUGCUCGCGCGCGUCAGUGUAGUCAACUUCAAUGGUGACCAAAUAUACGACUCAUACGUACGACCCAAGGAAAUGGUCACCGACUGGCGGACGCAUGUCAGUGGAAUCGCUCCGAAACAUAUGGUUGAGGCCCGGACCCUCGAGCACGUUCAAAAGGAAAUUGCAGAGAUCAUGAGUGGUCGCAUCCUCGUGGGUCACGCCGUCAGCAACGAUCUUGACGCUCUUCUCCUCGGCCAUCCGAAACGCGAUAUCCGAGACACAAGCAAGCACCCCCCAUACCGGAAAAUCGCAGGCGGUGGAUCGCCGCGCUUAAAAAUUUUGGCCGAGGAAUUCCUGGGGUUGAAGAUUCAAGACGGAGCGCAUUCUAGUGUUGAGGAUGCGAGGGCUACAAUGGCUCUUUACCGACGCGAAAAGGACGCAUUCGAGCGUGAGCAUCUGAAGAAGUGGCCCGCACGGAUGAUUGCCGAUCCUAGAGAGAAGGGAGAAGGAGAGAAGAAGAAAAAGAAGAAGAAGAAGACUACUCGUAAGAGGUGA